CCAUACACCCAUGUAGCUUGCAGAACGGCUGAGCUCCCAAGCAAGGAAAACUACCUUUUGGAGAAUAGAGCUAGUUGCGCAUUGUGAACCUCGGAACGCGGAGUUCGAUCGACGGUUCGGCCGCCAGGCGAAAGCGUGCUGUCUUGCGGUGUCUGUUUUGGAGAGUUACAUUCCUGGUGUUACCGUUAGGUGUCGGAUGAUUGUUUCAAAUUAAGAACUGUCAUGCAAGCCUCAGAAGAUGCGCCAGUUCAAGUGCCAGAAGUGUACGAAGGCUUUUGGGCAUAAGCGGAGCCUCAUCCGACACGAUAAAGACACUCACGGGAAAGCCCAAGAAGGCUUCCCCUGCCCACUUUGCUCUACAAGGGUUAGGAGAAAAGACAACCUCCGACGCCACUGUAAAAAACAUCACCUGACUAGUAACCUGGAUGAACUCAUGACGAGUACCAGUGCACCAGCGAUCCAGGGUCCUGAAAUUCUGCCCGUGACCCCAGAAAUAUCUGGAAUUUCAUCUCCCCCAAUCUCUGGGGCAUUCCCUCCAGCAACCCCAGUGUCCUCUGGUGGUAAUCUGUUGGAAAGUGCAGAUAUGCAAGUGCAGGAGUAUUUUACUUUACUUGAUGAGGACAGCCUGGAUAUAGGUCAGCUCUUCCAAGGAGAAGAUUCUGUAAUAAGUCUGCCGACGGAUGCACCAGAUCUUCUGCAGGUGCCUUCUUCUGGCUCUGGAGCCCCAACUUCUCCAGUCCCACCUGCACCCAAAUCCCUCCCACUGCCUUUAAGGCCGUCUGGCAGCAUUCAGGAUCAGGAAUGCCGACAUUUUUCAUCAUCAUAUAAAGAGAGUCUUGAUGAGGAACACCCAUCUAUGGCUGAAGACUCUCUGUAUUCUCGGUCUGAAACCCCAACUUCUCCAGUCUCGCCAGCUCCCACAUCAAUCCCAGUACGUUUACCAGCGCGAUCUGGUGGCAAGCCUAUGGCAAUGUUAAGGCUGAUGAACAGGGAGAUUUUUGAUGAGAAGAGCCUGAAUGGGGAUAACCCGGAUGACGCUGAACAGUCUUCAACGCGUCUUGUCUCAGAGCCUCAGCUGGCGCCUGCUAUGAGUUCUGGAACACUGACUCCUCCAAUCUCACCGGCAUCCUCCCCACUUCCAGAGAAAAUCAUAACCGAAGAAAUCACUAAGUUCUAUGACGAGGGAUUGCUCAGAAAGGUUCGACGCCGCCGAAGUAUCUAUGAGUAUUAGAGUAAUAAGUGACAGUCUGGGCUUAGUUUCACCGCGAGGAUUUUUUUUUUUUUUUUUUGGUAUUUUGAAUGUUUAUAACAUUAGUGUUCAAAGAGUUCAAGAUUGAUGUUCAACGUUUGAAUACGGGCGCCACAACAGUGCGCCUCCAAGAGUUUGAAACGCGUUGGCUAAUCACAGUGCGCAAAUCUGUCGACCCUUUCCAAACACG